AUGUUGGCAGCCUAUUUUGAUUUCCCGGGAGGCCCAGAAAAUCUCUAUGUGAAAGAAGUGAUGAAACCACAUCCAGGAGAAGGAGAAGUUCUUGUGAAGGUCUCUGCCAGCGCUCUGAAUAGGGCUGAUUUACUCCAGAGAAGAGGCAAGUACCCUCCCCCGAAAGGAGCAAGUGAUAUUUUAGGCUUAGAAGCAGCUGGGAGCGUGGCUGGGCUGGGACCUGGCUGCAAGGGCCGGUGGACGCUCGGCGAUGCAGUGAUGGCUCUGCUCUCCGGAGGUGGCCAGGCAGAAUACGUCACAGUACCCGAAGGCUACCUGAUGCCAAUUCCCAAGGAUAUGACUUUUAUUCAGGCUGCGGCCAUUCCCAAAGCCUGGUUAACAGCCUUUCAGCUGCUGCAUUUUGUAGGUAAAAUACAGAAGGGCGAGAGAGUGUUGAUCCAUGCUGGAGCUAGCGGAGUCGGUAUGGCAGCCAUUCAGCUGGUAAGACUGGCCAAAGCCAUUCCCAUCGUGACUGUGGGAACUCAAGAGAAACUGAAAGCAACAGCAAACGCCGGAGCAGCUGCAGGGUUCAACUACAAGAAUGAAGAUUUUAGUGAAAAGGUCUUGGCGUUCACCCAAGGUUCUGGAGUAGAUAUUAUUUUAGAUUGUGUUGGUGGCUCAUACUGGGAGAAGAAUCUCAACUGUCUGAGUACUGAUGGCCGGUGGAUUAUUUACGGACUACUGAGUGGAGGUGAAGUACACGGAGAUUUGCUUGCAAGGCUGCUUUCCAAAAGAGCGAGCAUCCAUACAAGUCUAUUACGAUCACGAGACAAGGAGUAUAAGGAACAGCUGGUGAAAGCCUUCACAGAAAAUGUGCUGCCGUAUUUUUCUGGAGGAACCUCCCCUUGCCUCCAACCACUUGUUGACAGCGUCUACCCUCUGCACGAGAUCGCAGAGGCACACAGGAUCAUGGAAGAAAACAAGAACAUUGGCAAAAUUGUCAUUGAAAUGCCCGCUUCAUCGUAAAAAAAGGCCCACUGCUGUAGUUGUUUCAGGGACAGAAUCGUUACGGGUGUCGGACACGCAGAGAAGCUGCCAUUUCUGCUUCCAAAUCUGGA